CGCUGAUCAAAAAGAAACACGUCAGUACCUUCGAUCGGUGACCAUUCGGAGUUUUGGUUUACAUCGUGCGUGUCCCUGGCGUAUUUUCUCAGCUUCGGUCCAAACUAUUAGACCACACGCAAAAGAUUGAAAAGAAAAUUAGAACCGUCUUGCAUCAGAAUUCCGCUGGAAUUAUUCAGUUCCGAUACAAGUGCUGUGGGUGGUAUUUUUUCGCUUCCAGACAUUGAAUUUGUCUGAUGGCAUUCUAAUUGUGCAUGCCGGAUAAGUGAAAGUUUCAUAUUCUUUUUUACUCCAGAGAAAUCAAUCGAUUGUCAGUUUAAUUUCAGAAUCGAUCCAAGCGAGGAUGCAUCCGUUUGCCGGUAGGCUUGCCUACCUUCUGGGGUUGGUCCUUUUGGCCACGUUGGUCCGCGAGAAUUCCGGAGCAGCCGUCAUGUCCGUGGAUUUCGGCAGCGAGUGGAUGAAGGUGGGUGUCGUUUCACCGGGCGUUCCGAUGGAGAUUGCCCUGAACAAGGAAUCCAAACGGAAGACCCCGACGAACAUUGCCUUCCGGGACGGGGAUCGGCUGUUCGGCGAAGAUGCGCAAAGUAUAGGGGUGCGCUUUCCGGCCAACAACUUUGCCUACCUGACAGAUUUGCUCGGGAAAACAGUUGACAAUCCGAUGGUUGAGUUGUACAAGAAACGAUUCCCGUACUAUAACAUUGUCGAGGAUCCGGUUCGCAAAACGGUUGUGUUCAAGAACGGCGAAGAUCUGUACUCGAUCGAAGAGUUAGUCGCCCAAUUGCUGCAGUUGGCCAAGGAGAUGGCCGAAGAUUCGACCGGGCAGCAGAUGACCGAAGCCGUGCUGGUUGUGCCCGGAUUCUUCGGCCAGGCCGAGCGCAGUGCUCUGGUGCAGGCAGCCAAGUUGGCAAAUCUGAAGGUUCUGCAGCUGAUUAACGACUACACAGCCGUGGCCCUGAACUAUGGCAUUUUCCGCAGAAAGGAAUUCAAUGAAACCGCACAGUAUUUUAUGUUCUACGAUAUGGGAGCCUACAAAACGACGGCUUCGGUCAUCAGUUAUCAGCUGGUUAAGGAUAAGGCAACGCGGGAGAUUCUGCCGGUAGUUCAGGUUCUAGGAGUUGCUUAUGAUCGUACCCUCGGAGGGUUGGAGAUGCAGGUGCGAUUGAGAGAUCAUCUUGGAAAGGAGUUUAAUAAAAUGGGUAAAACCAAAACAGAUGUUUUUACAAAUCCAAGAGCGAUGGCCAAACUUUUCAAGGAGGCUGGAAGGGUUAAAAAUGUGCUGAGUGCCAAUACCGAACACUACGCUCAGAUCGAAGGUCUGCUUGAUGAACAGGAUUUCCGACUGUUGGUGACUCGUGAUCAAUUCGAAGAAAUGUGCAAGGAUCUUUUUGAGCGAGUCGUAGCACCAGUAGACCGUGCUCUGGCCGCUUCAGGGCUAUCAAUUGAGCUCAUAAACCAAGUCGUACUCUUCGGUGGCAACACUCGUGUUCCUAAAAUUCAGGAUGUACUGAAGGCGCACAUUAAGCAAGAUUUGGGUAAAAAUUUGAACUCUGAUGAAGCUGCCUGUAUGGGUGCAGUUUACCGGGGUGCUGAUUUGGGUACCGGAUUCAAAGUCAAGAAGUUUGUCGUUAAGGACGCUGUUUUGUUCCCGAUACAGGUAGUUUUCGCGCGUGAAGGAGACAGUGGUGCUACCAGACUUGUCCGGAGAACUCUUUUCGGAGCAAUGAAUGCUUAUCCUCAGAAAAAGGUUAUCACUUUCAACAAGCACACUGAUGAUUUUGAAUUCUCUGUUGAUUACGCGGAGCUUGAAUCUGUACUCAGCAAAGACGAAAUCUCCAAUCUAGGCUCUCUAAAUCUCACUAGAGUUAGUCUCACAGAAGUUGCCAAAAAACUGAAUGCAAAUAAAGCCGAAAAUGUUGAAUCAAAAGGCAUUAAGGCACACUUCUCGCUCGAUGAUUCGGGAUUAUUCUCUCUGGCCAAUGUUGAGCUGGUUCUCGAAAAAACUGUUACGGAAGAUGACGAGAGCACCCUGCAGAAGCUGGGCAAUACAAUAAGUAAGCUGUUUUCUGGUGAUUCGGAUGAUGAAAAGGUCACCGCUUCCGAAGAACCGACCAAAGAAGAAAAGGACGGGGAACAGGCCGAGGACAAAAAACAAGAACAGAAGCCCGAAAAUACUACCGCAAAUGCAGAUACCAACUCGACAGCUUCGAGCGACGAAGAUGGAACCAAAAAUAAGACAGAUAAACCAAAGAUCGUAACCAUCAAGGAGACAAUUCCAUCUAAGGUUGAAAUUACUUACGUCGUUCCGCUUGAUGGAGACGAGUUCAAGGAUUCCCAAAAACGAAUUCGUGCUUUAGACGAGGUAGACCAAGCUAAAAAGCGUCGCGAAACGGCUCUCAAUGCUCUGGAAACCUACGUUAUUGAUGCCCAGGUAAAACUCGAUGAAGAAGAGUACUCUUCCUGUGCCACCCAGGAGGAGAUCGAAGCUAUUCGUAAGUCUUGUUCAGAAAUUUCGGAAUGGCUUUAUGAGGACGGCUCCGAUGCCGAUGCUGAAACUUAUGAAAAGAAGCUAGAUGAGCUGAAAGCCGUUGCAAAUCAGGUCUACGCUAGACACUGGGAACAUCGUGAGCGUCCGGAAGCACUGAGUGCCCUGAAGCAGAUGAUCAGUGGUGCCGAAGGAUUUUUGGAUAAGGCUAGGAACUUUACAAAAGAGGGCAAUCCUGAGAAGGAUGUUUUCACACAGGUAGAAAUUGAUACCUUAGAGCGAGUCAUUAAAGAAACCAUCGAAUGGCGCAAUACGGAAGUAGCCGAACAGAAAAAGAUUGCCAAAAAUCAACCCGUUCGCCUGGCUGUGAAAGAUCUUACUGACAAAAUGGCUCUUCUUGAUCGUGAGGUGAAAUAUUUGGUAAACAAACUGAAAUUGUGGCGACCGAAAGUGAAACCAACCCCGGCACCCAAAGUGGAAAAGGACAAUGCCAAAAACAGCGACUCCAAAUCCGGAGAGGCUCCAGAGAGUGAACAGGUUGUGGAAGAACCACCGAAAGAAGAACAAAACGAAAACAAUUCCAGUGAAGAGAAUUUAGAUUUCGACGAAGAAAAGCCUGAAAUUAAUCCAAGCAAAACGGAAGACGGUAGUGAAGAGCAACAUACCGAACUGUAGGAAAAUUUCGCGAUAAAAUUGCACAAAAUCAAUCCUAAAUUUAUUUUUCCUGUUUGUUAAUUAUUUAUUUUUUUUCAAUUUCAAAAAAAGUUUUUUUUGGGUUCGCGCAUAAGCAUGGUAUAGUUUGAAUUAAUCCAACACAGAACUUUACAGUUUGAACGAAGUUUAACCAAUCACCAUUCCGUGUAGCUGCAAUUGGUUUCAUCUCGUGGGAUUGAACAUUAGCUUAGAUCGAAGCAAAACGAAUAGAAACAAUAAAACCAGAACCAGACUGAGUGAUCCUACUGAAUGAAGAAAGGAGUUCAAGUAAUUUAAUAGAUAGAGAAGACUGUAUGGGCAAAGAAAACGAGAAGCUCAUGAACUUUAAGACAAUUCAAAAACUGUUACAGAUCAACAGGAUAGCAGUUUGACCAAAACUACCACACUGGGAUUACCGAUUAAAAAAAACCUAAUUGAGUGAUUCCUAGGCGA